GAAUGUAACAGGGACCCCGCAAUUAACCCCAAUAGAUUAGACUUUGGAGAAAAUGUGAUGCAUUUGUGAAUUCUACCAUUCUGUACCUAAAGUGCGAGCUUAUUUUUACCGAAAUAAUUCGACGUUGGCAGUGCUUCUUCGAUCCAUCAUCUAUCAUGAGUCACGUCGCAGAACUGUCGCCUUCCUCGACAACAACCCCUGCGGCAAUCAUUAUGCCGGAUAUCGAAGCCUUGACCAUCACUGAGCCAGCAACGGCCAUGAAAAAAGAGAACGGUAUAUCCUCUAACCUAACUACUCCGUGCGCUGAUAUUUGGCCGCGGCCAUAUUACUUCGAGAAUGGUUUGCGACGUAUCGCUCCGUAUCAUUUCACGUAUAAAACCUGGUGUAAACAGCGAUGGAGAGGCAGGAAGCUUAUAGACGUGUUCGAGAGCGAGUUUAGAGACCGACCUCUAGCAUACUAUAAAAACGCCAUGGAAACAGGUCAAAUAUGCGUUAACGGUAAACCGACUAGUCCAGAUCAUAUCCUCAAAAAUGGAGAGCUUGUGUCACAUACGAUACAUCGGCACGAGCCACCUGUUACGGCAGAUGAUAUAGGAAUUCUCCACGAGGAUGAGGAUAUGAUUGUGAUUAACAAACCUUCUGGAAUCCCGGUCCACCCCGCAGGAAGAUAUAAUUUCAACUCCGUCAUCGAAAUUAUGAAGGCCGAGAGGGGUCCAGACUGGAUCGCAUAUACUUGCAACAGGCUCGACAGGUUAACCAGCGGCAUCAUGUUCGUCGCAAAGAACCCCAAGGCGGCCGAUCGCCUAAGCGAACAGAUUAAACAAAGAAGUGUGCGAAAGGAGUAUAUUGCUAGGGUUAUCGGCAACUUCCCCGACGAGGAAGUAGUUUGCAAUCAGCCUUUGCUUCAAAUUUCCCCAAAACUUGGGUUGAAUCGAGUACGGGCAAACGGGAAGACGGCUCGCACGGUUUUCAAAAAGCUAGCAUAUUAUCCCCCACGUGAGCCGCGACGGGAGGGAGAUAACGAUCCUUCUGAAAUAGAAGGCGUUUCCGAAGAUAAGGGUAGGCCAUGGCUACGUAAAGAAGGAUAUUCUAUUGUGCGAUGUCUUCCAGUUACCGGCAGGACUCAUCAGAUCCGCGUUCACCUCCAGCAUUUAGGACACCCUAUCCAAAAUGAUCCCAUUUACGCUAACCAAAGGGUUUGGGGAAUGAAUCUCGGGUACAAUGACCCCGAGGCCCUUGAAAACACAGAUGAGGAUAUUAUUACACGUCUCAAUCGGAUGGGAAAAGAAGAAGUGGCAGACGCCGUUGCUUACCAUGACGAGAUGGUGGACGAGUACUACAAGAGAAAGGCUGAAAAGAUGUCUGGUGAGCUCUGUAAGAUCUGUGAUACACCAUUAUACACAGAUCCCGGACUGCAGGAGCUCUCGCUAUGGCUACAUAGUCUUCGAUACGAGGAUGCGGGUGGCGAGUGGAGCUACGUUAGCCCUCUUCCUGGAUGGGCUUUACCCCCUUCUGGCAUGUCAGGGCCUACAGAAGUCGGAGGUAUGGAAGAACUGGUCUCAGCAGUAAAAGAUGUCAACCCCGAAAUUGUAUGACUCCCUACGCGUUAACCCCCAAUCGACCACCACCUAUCGAAUAGUUCGAAGAGAACGAGCAAGUAAGGACAGCAUUGCCCAUUUGGUCGGUACCGGGCGGGAUUUCAAGUACCAUUACCUGAUUCGCCAGUUUCUUCCGACGUUCACCUACCCGAAGCAAUGCGACCCUUUAUCACAACCCUUCACGACUAAGUGGGACGUAAAGUCCAAGUACGGAAUUGUGCGGUAUACUUCUUUACUGCAUCACAAAUAGUGCUUAUAAGGACUAGUCUAGUGAAAUGAUACUAGUUAUCUACCUGGGUACCUUAGCUGGUUAGUGGUGAAAAUACACCUGCUUAGAACUACUAAUAGGUCUGGAGUCUUGCCCCGCCGCUUGGGUUAUUUUCAUAGACAGAGUUCAGACGGCAUCCAGGCAUUGUAUGGGGGUCACGGCAUCCAGGCAUUGUAUGGGGGUCACGGCAUCACUUUGAUCUUGAUCUCCAUCCCGCGGGUCUUAGCUCCAUCGAAGGAGCAUUCGCCUUGAACUAGUUUCGGUUUCAUUAGGCCACCGUACUUCGUUUCACGCGUCGUUACUUUGACACGCCCGGCAAAGACAAUGUGUAGCCCUUUUGGGGCUCUGCGUUAACGUCGGGGAUCGUACCUGUUAUGAGACUACUCAAUAAUAGCUAUAUUACGGAAUACGGCUAGAGAUCUUAGUGGU